AUGGACAUUACUGAUUCGAGCGCUGAAGAAAUUCUGUCAGUAACUCUACCAACAGAAACUGUGAAGAUUCAAAAAACUUCCUUAUUCAUUGAGCUUCUGCUCAAUUUAUGUGCUUAUCCAUUUAUUGCAAUAUUUAUGAAAAGUGUCAUCGUCAGAAAGGAAUUUCAUCGUAAUUUAAAAUUACUGCUCUCGAAUAUUCCAGUGUUUUUGAUGCUUAUGCUUAUGACUCGAAUGAUUUUGCUUGUUCACAAACUGCAGUUUAUUAACGUUGAACCAUCGCUCCGAAAACGGCUGGAACAAAUAUGCAACUGCGUAAUGUUAGAAAAGGGACUGUGUAUUUUAUCAAUAUCACUGGAACGGUUCGUUGCAUUAUACUACACGAAACGUUACGAAAACUGUGCCUAUCCGGUUCCCUUUUUUGGCAUUGGCCUCACCAUUACACAGGUAAUUCUUGGUUAUACUAAGUGA